AUGCAGAUGACACCGCUAGCGAGUUCGACGAUGCAAAUGUCACUCCAUCUCGUCGCCCUACCACACCGAGCCGCGUCGACGAUGACAUGGAACUCGACGAGGAUCAACCUGGCGGAUCGCAACACCGGUGGCGGCCAGAGAACGACAAACUUCUUCUUCUCCGGUGCGGUCGCCCUCUCUCUACCAGAGAGAGCUGGCCGUCCCCUUUUUGCUGAACGUCGAGGUUUUACGGUAAUUGACGACCUCGACCCUAUCGUGCCCGACUUCGCCUAUGCGUCUAAGAUCUUAUACUCUGAUGGGAAACUACCAUCCUGGCCUAUCUUUCGGACAAUUUCUUGGGUGAUUGCAGGAUAUGGAACCCUGAAAUAG